AUGUUUACGAAAUUUAAAUAUGUAAAAAAUGCUUGGAUAGGAUUAGGAAAAACAGCCAAGGUGGUUUAUGGUUGUUUUUUUUUUAAUAUAAUUUUAUUGAUGGGUAUAAGUACCAAAAGAUAUUUGGCAAAUAAAAAAGCUAUUGAUUUUUAUAGUAAUAAAAUAAUUUUAUCGAAUAAUGAAAACGAUGAUUGGAGUUGUUAUAAUUCAGCAAAACAAUAUCGUUAUGAGUGUGCCUAUUUAAAUGAAGAACAAAUCAAUGAUUUUGAGAUAUGCGAAAAAUUACAUAUUCAAUUAGAAAACUGUAGAAAUAAACUAUAUGAAUAUAUAAAAGAAGACACACCAGCAAUGAAAAAUAUUCCUUAUAUAAUAAAUAAACCCACAUGGAUGAAGGAACCCCUGUGGUUUGAAAAUAUUAAAAAAAUGAAAAGUAAUAAAUAA